CCCCCAGCCGCUGGCCCUGCCGCCUCCCCCCAUCUCGAAGGCUCGAAGCAGCGCCGGAGCGAGGGAAAGAGAAACCCUUGCCCUCUCCCCCGAGUCCCCAGCGUCGCCGCCGGCUUCAGCCGCCGCCGCUGCUCCGGAUCUGCCCCCGCUGGUCUAGAUGGAGAGGCUGUUCAAGGAUGACGCCAUCGAGGAGAAGGGCGAGCGCGCCCGGAUGGCAUCUUUUGUCGGAGCCAUGGCAAUUGCAGAUUUGGUCAAGACCACAUUGGGACCAAAGGGAAUGGAUAAGAUCUUGCAAUCAACUGGCAGAGGCCGGAGUGUUACCGUUACAAAUGAUGGGGCUACCAUUUUGAAGUCGCUUCACAUUGACAAUCCUGCCGCGAAGGUCCUUGUUGACAUAUCAAAAGUUCAAGAUGAUGAAGUUGGUGAUGGAACAACUUCUGUCGUUGUUUUGGCUGGAGAGCUUUUGAGGGAGGCUGAGAAGUUGGUUAACAUGAAGAUUCAUCCCAUGACCAUUAUUGCAGGUUUCAGAAUGGCUCUUGAGUGUGCAAGAAAUGCUUUGCUACAAAGGACCAUGGACAACAAAGAAAAUACAGAUAAGUUCAGAGCUGAUCUCAUGAACAUUGCUAUGACUACCCUUAGUUCAAAAAUUCUUUCCCAGGAUAAGGAGUACUUUGCUGAACUUGCAGUUGAUGCUGUCUUAAGGCUUAAGGGUAGCACCAACUUGGAAGCCAUUCAAAUUCUGAAGAAACCUGGAGGAUCUCUUAAGGACUCCUUUUUGGAUGAAGGGUUCAUUCUUGACAAGAAAAUUGGCAUUGGGCAACCUAAGAGAAUUGAGAAUGCCAAAAUUUUGGUUGCAAACACUGCUAUGGACACAGAUAAAGUUAAGAUCUAUGGGGCACGUGUCCGGGUGGAUUCAAUGUCUAAGGUUGCAGAUAUUGAAGCUGCUGAAAAGCAGAAAAUGAGAGAGAAGGUGCAGAAGAUUAUAGCGCAUGGGAUCAACUGUUUUGUCAACAGGCAGUUAAUCUAUAACUUCCCUGAAGAACUCUUUGCUGAUGCUGGCAUACUCGCAAUCGAGCAUGCUGAUUUUGAGGGCAUUGAACGGCUAGCUCUUGUCACGGGUGGUGAGAUUGCAUCAACUUUUGAUAAUCCGGAGUCUGUUAAGCUUGGGCACUGCAAGGUUAUUGAAGAGAUUAUGAUUGGGGAGGACAGGCUAAUUCAUUUCUCUGGGGUUGAGAUGGGACAGGCUUGCACCAUUGUCCUGCGGGGAGCGAGUGAGCAUGUGCUUGAUGAGGCUGAGAGGUCCUUGCAUGACGCCCUAUGCGUGCUGUCCCAGACAGUGAACGACACCCGCGUCUUGUUUGGGGGUGGAUGGCCUGAAAUGGUGAUGGCCAAAGAAGUUGAUGAGCUUGCAAGGAAGACCCCUGGGAAGAAAUCUCAUGCUAUCGAUGCUUUCUCCCGUGCCCUGCAAGCCAUCCCAACAACCAUAGCUGACAAUGCUGGUUUGGAUAGUGCUGAGCUCAUAGCUCAGCUCCGGGCUGAGCACCACAAGGAGAACUGCACUGCUGGAAUUGAUGUCAUCACGGGCAGCGUUGGAGACAUGCAGAAGCUGGGGAUUCAAGAGUCAUUCAAGGUGAAGCAGGCCAUCCUUCUGUCCGCGACGGAGGCGGCAGAGAUGAUCCUCAGGGUCGAUGAGAUCAUAACCUGCGCCCCACGCAGAAGAGAGGACAGGAUGUGACCGCGCACACGCGUAUCUUUGAAUUAGGGUGUGUGUUUCUCCCCAGUUGCAGGGGUCACUGUGAUUUUAUUAAGUUUGGGGUGCUCUUGAGCCCCCGAGCAACUGGGACCUGUUAUUUGUGCAACAAUGCGAAUGUUACGACUUGCAGCAGUCUCCCCCUAUCUAGGCCUUUUGUUUUAAAUCCUAGUUGGUGUAUCCCCUUGGUAGCUAGUGCCAGCAGUGUGCUUGUAUUGUGACUGGAGACGGUGUUGCUGCUUCUGGUGUUGAUGUGGAAUGGCAUGGGCCUUUGGACCUUGUAUGGUCAUUUUUGUUAGCAGAAGUUGAAUAUUCAUUAUA